AAUAUUUUAACUGCAAGCACAGAGAUGAAGGGAGACAGAUAGCGGAGAGAGAGAGGGUGAAAAGCGAGAGGUGCAAGUGAGCUAACAAGCUAACUAGCUAUAGACAGUGAAGGGGGCAUAUUAGAUGUGACAGUGGAGAAUGGAGAGGACUCCGUACGCUCGGCGAGUUUUGUCCACAGAAAGGGUACUCAAACUCGGUCUCUACCGACCAGGGGGCGUGUGCUGAAACUGGAGAAACACCGGGUGGAAAGUAAGGAAUGGCUGAUCCUCUGCGGAGGACUUUACUAGCAAAACUUCGGGGGAAGAAAUCCAAGAAAGGGACACCGGCUGGUGGAUACGGAGCUGCAGCUAAUGGGGGCAGAGAAGCUCUGAUAGAAAAUGACCACUCCUCCUUCUCCAACGACCUUGAUGUGAGCGGGGGCAAGGCUGUCGAGACGUCGCUAUGGAGACCCCCGCUCAACACCAUCACCGUCUCCAAGAAACGUAACUGGCUGCAGCAGAGCUCUGGGAGGCCGCAUCACGUCACGGACGACCCCCAGUACCUUCUGGGAGCAGAGGAAUACAAUGGACAUGGACAAGCUCCACUCCCCCCUCUUAGCACCUUCCCAGAGAACCUAAACCCUCCCGGGCCAACCCUAUCCCACCCCCUCCGCCUGCCCCUCGUUAGAAUGGGUCACGUGCGUGUGGCGCCUCGUUCCAGGUGUGUGGAACCGACUGAGGAGAAUGAUGCAGACGAUGAGGGGGAGAUCUGGUACAACCCCAUUCCUGAGGAUGAGGAACCAGAGCUAAAUCACAGCCACAGACCCACUCCCACCCCCCAGGUCAGGCUGAUGGUCCAGACACGGCCCCAGGAUCCUCACAUCCCCCAGACCCAAAGGAGGCCCAGCAGGGGAGAGGAGGUUGGGGUCAGGCGGGCCCUGGAGGGAUGCAGCCCUAACCUGGAGGGUGUGGGGGAGAGCAUGGGUGGCGGAGGUGGAGAGCGGAGUCAGCAGGGGAUUGCCAUACGUUGCAUGGGGCCGUCUCUACAUCUGCAAAGACAGAUGCUGCUCGCGUGCAAACCUCAGGAGUGGCCAUCCAGUUCCAGCAGAGCCACAGCUACAGCAGAAGCCCCUGACCUGGCCAUCCCUGGCUUCCCGCCGCCCUCCAGCCUCAACCCUGGCAAAAAGGGAAGCUCCCUCAACUGGUCAUUCCCGGACAAGAUCAAGUCCCCACGCACUGUCAGGAAACUCUCCAUGAAGAUGAAGAAGCUUCCGGAACUCAGCCGCAAGCUCAGCAUAAAAGUGACCCCUAGCAACAACAGCAGCUGCAACGGAGCCAGCGAGAGCAGCAUCUUAGAGACAAGGACCCAGUGUCCCAAAACCAAUUACGGAUCAGAACCAGGCCCGGCUCCUCCCAGGUUGUCCCCAAGGGGUGGGCAGGGGGCGGCGGCUAGCCAUAAUGUGAUCUCGAGGUAUCACCUGGACAGCAGUGUGUCGACGCAACAAAGCUACAGCAAGAAGAAGAGCAGCGGGACCUCCAAGUCGGCUAGCAAGGGGGGCUACCUCAGUGACGGGGACUCCCCAGAACUGGUGGCCAAGUCUGGGAAGCACGGGUCCUCAGAGGCCAAGGGAGUCAAUGGGAAGGAGAAAGACCCAGCCACUGGAGGAGGAGAGAAAACAGGAGCUGGAGGAGUAACCGGAGGAAGUGGCAGCCCCAAGCUGCACGGCACAGAACUAGACAUUGACGCGUUCCGCCACUACGCCUUCACAGAACAGCCUAAGUGCACCCAAUACAUCUCGGGCCUGAUGAGCCUGCACUUCUAUGGCGCCGAGGACCUCAAGCCACCACGCUUCGACUCCCGAGACGUCUACUGUGCCAUCCAGGUGGACUCGGUCAACAAGGCGCGCACUGCCCUGCUCACCUGUCGGACCACCUUCCUAGACAUGGACCACACCUUCAACAUUGAGCUGGAGAAUGCCCAGCACCUGAAGCUAGUGGUGUUCAGCUGGGACCCCACACCCAAGAAGAACCGGGUGUGUUGUUACGGCACAGUGGUGUUACCGGCACUCUUCAGGGUGACCAGGAGUCAUCAGCUGGCGGUGAAGCUGGAGCCUCGAGGCCUGAUCUACGUGAAGCUGAACCUGAUGGAGCAGUGGCAGAACUCCCUGGAUGGAGGCUACAAUGGGGACCGGGAGCCACAGAUGUUUGGGGUGGAGGCCUGGAGGGUGGUUGUGAGGGAAAACACAGGACUCAUGCUGCCCCUGCUCAUCGAGAAGUGCAUCACGGAGAUCGAGACGAGAGGCUGCCAGGUUGUGGGCCUCUACCGUCUGUGUGGCUCAGCAGCAGUAAAGAAGGAGCUGCGGGAAGCCUUUGAGAGGGACAGCCUAGGAGUGGAGCUCUGUGAAAACACUUACCCUGACAUCAACGUCAUCACAGGUGUUCUGAAGGACUACCUGCGUGAGUUGCCCUACCCACUUAUCACUAAGCACUUGUAUGAGACUGUGUUGGACUCUAUGGCUCAGAGACCUCUGCGUAUCGGAGCAGGAGGAUGUGAAAAUGACCCGGCAGACACAGAACACACCGUCAGUCUCCUGGAGAACCUGCCAGAGGUGGAGAGGUUGACCCUGCGGAGGCUGCUGGACCAUCUGAAGCUGGUGGCGUCACACCAUGAGGUCAACAAGAUGACGUGUCAGAACCUGGCGGUAUGCUUCGGCCCCGUGCUGCUCAGCCAACGCCAGGAGGCCAGCUGUCAUAGCAACCGGGUCUUCAUCGACUCGGAGGAGCUGGCCAGCGCCCUACACUUCAAGAAACAUAUCGAAGUGCUACACUACCUGCUGCAGCUAUGGCCAGUGAUGGACCCACAUGACAAGACCUCGUCCCCCAUCCCGGAGCCCCCCGGCCCAGCCGACCAGCUGGCCGUUCCCCCCCUGCGUCGGAGGAAGGAGCGCCCCCAGGUGCUGAACUUGAGCGAUGCAGAGAUGGCCGGGGUGCUGCGGCCCAGGCCGGGCCGACUGGACAGCCCUAGCAACCGUUACGCCGGGGACUGGAGCCGCUGUGGAGAGAGCUACUUCCCCCCUCGGUCCCGGGAGGAGAAUGACUCUGCUGAUGUUCCUUCUGAGGAUAUGGAGGUCACUGAAGAUGAACUGGAGGGGGUAGAGGACAAGGGACAGGAAGGAGGAGAGGAGCAGAGACAGGAAUGGUUACUGGACAGGGGACAGGCAGAGCCAGCCACAGCCGAACAGGAGCCCCCGCUACCCGAGGAGGUGAUGGAAGGACCUGUAGAAGUGGAGAAAGAGGAGAGGGAAGCGGAGGAGGAGAGAGAAGCAGAGAGGAGAGUGGAGGAGAGUGAAGCAGAGAGGAGAGUGGAGGAGAGCGAAGCAGAGAGGAGAGUGGAGGAGAGCGAAGCAGAGAGGAGAGUGGAGGAGAGCGAUGGCUCCAGUGGCGGUCAGCCGUCAGACAACAGGGUGUGUGAGGAUGAUGAUGAUGAUGAUAAGCGCAUCCUGCCCCUCCACCUCCCCAAAGAGCACACGUACCAGGCCUACAUGAAGAUCCAGGACAUCAGCCCCGUGCUCAGCAACAAGGUCAACCUGCGAGACCUGCAGGAGAGCAUCGACACGCUUAUAGGCAACCUGGAGAGAGAACUCAACAAGAACAAGCUCAACGUCGGCUACUGACGCAACACACACACAGCUCAACAGGCUACUGACUCAACACACACACAGCUCAACAGGCUACUGACUCAACACACACACAGCUCAACA